AUGGCGUAUUGGGAUGCAUGACAACGACGUCGUUUCAGGUAUGGCGCCAGCUACCCCCACCCAAGUCCCCCAAUUCAUCGUUCAAAUCGCUCCAGAUUCUCUCUUUGUGCAACUAGUCUCGCUACUGCUACUACUACUACUCUCUACGCUUUUGCAGCACAGUCUCUCUUUCUCUCUCUCAUCGACGAUAAAGCAGAAUCUGGAGCCAUGCCUGAGGGUAUAACACCUGAAAAUCUAAUCAACAACAUUAUGGAUACACUAUCUGAUAAGCAUCAGAAGCAGAAUUCUGGCUCAUUCUUCGGCGAGGAGAAAUCACACACAGUCACUGCUCAAUUCAAUAAGCUCUUUGGGAGACAGAAGCCUAUUCAUCAUAUCUUAGGGGGUGGCAAAUCUGCCGAUGUGCUCUUAUGGAGGAACAAAAAGAUAUCGGCAAGUGUCUUAUCCGGAGCAACUGCAGUUUGGGUGCUUUUUGAAUGGCUUGACUACAAUUUUCUUCCUCUUGUCUGCUUCGGUCUGGUUAUAUGUAUCAUUGGUCAGUUUAUUUGGUCACACCUAUUGAACAGGUCCCCACCUCGUCUAGUUCUGCCCGAUGAGCUAGUUGUGAAUAUUGCUACCUCAGUAGGUGGUGAAGUCAAUCAUGCUUUGGGUUUCCUUCAGAAUGUUGGUUCUAGAGGGGAUAUAAAACAACUUGCAACUGUUGUUGGGAGCUUGUUAGCUGCGGCAAUAAUUGGAACCUGGUGUAAUUUUUGGACUGUAAUCUAUAUAGGUUUUGUUGCUGCCCACACUCUGCCCGUUGUGUACGAGAAGUAUGAUGACCAAAUUGAUAGCGUUGUAUACAAUGUCCUAGGAAAGCUUCAGAACAACUACAGUAAGCUGGAUUCUAGCCUGCUAAGCAGAAUUCCGAAGGCAGCAGGGAAGAAGUUUGCAUAAUUUUAUUUAAACAUGUUGCAAACAUUAUGCAAAUCCAGGUCUUGUCACUUUAGACUGUGUAUGGUGUAUUUAUCAGUGGUUUGCUAAUAAAUCAGUGUUAUUGUGAUGCUAACUUCGAUUCUGGCCCCGAAAGGCUCCUAGACUAUAUAUUACUUGAUUGAUUCUUGGGUUUUGA